UUUCAACACUACUAUAUAACAAAUAAUUUGAGCAAAGAAAACACAACAUUGAUAUGGCAGUGUUAGUUGAUGACCACUAUAAGGUGCACCCUACUGUUCAACACAGAUUCUCUCCCUACGCUCAGAAUGGAGGAACAGUGGUAGCUGUUGCUGGGGAGGAUUUUUCAGUGGUUGGUUGUGACACUCGACUCAGUGAAGGAUAUUCCAUCUUAUCACGUGAUGUUUCUAAAGUCAAGAAGAUGACAAAGAGUGGGUUGUUGGGAUGUGUUGGUUUCCAUGGUGAUGUGCUUACUUUGACUAAGAGUUUAGAUGCCAGAUUAAAGCAAUACAAACACACUCACGGUAAAGACAUGUCUUGCGAAGCAAUGGCUCAGAUGUUGUCUUCUACCCUCUACUACAGACGUUUCUUUCCUUAUUGGGUUUACAACAUGGUUGCUGGCAUUGAUAACAACGGCAAAGGGUGUGUCUUCAGCUACGAUCCUGUUGGAUCUUACGAGCGUGAGACUUACAGAGCUAGUGGUUCUGCUUCUGCUAUUAUUCAACCUCUUCUGGACAACCAACUUGGAUAUAAAAACCAGUCGAACGUAGACCCAACACCUCUAUCACGUGACAGAGCCCGUACCAUGGUCCGUGACAUCUUUGCUGCUGCCUCUGAACGUGACAUUUACACUGGUGACGAGGUUGAGAUUAGUGUGGUAGAUGCUAAUGGUAUUGAGACCCAGCGGUUCCCCCUCCGAUCAGACUAAACAGGGCCAAUAUUGAACCUCCGGGGUGACGGGACCUUUUCUAGCUAUGACUUAAUGUAAAAGAAAACUUCACAAUUUAUCAACUUAUUCUUCAGUUGAAAAACGGAGCUUUUUGAGGAGAGAAGGGCAUAGAAUCUUUGAACUAGCUGAGCUAGAAUGGUUAAUAUGGUUAAUCAGUUGUUUGGAUUUCUACCAAUAUUUGUUACAUUUAAUUAUAGAAAUUUAUUGUGAAAUCGUAA